AUGAGAUUUGACCAAUUCACAUCGUUGGCGGCAUUGAUCAGCACUGCAGCAGCAGACUGGCAAUUCCGCUCACGUCCAGAUCUCGCACUCCCUCGACUGAACAUAACAAUCCCAGCACAAGGCCGUACGGAACAAGGCUAUCUCUUUGUCGCUCCUUUCGCGGGCCAGGAAGAUACAUCGACAGCUCAAUACAGACCUCGCCAAGCAGGACCAUACAUCUCCCGUGAUAACGGAGACCUGAUCUGGUCUGGCUAUAGCUACUACAGCAUAUGGGCAACAAACUUUCAGAAAGUCAGUUGGAAUGGCCGAGAUGUACUCGCGUGUUUCGAGGGUGAUCACAACCCCAACUAUGGACACGGCCAUGGUCACACUACCUUUCUCGAUGAGCACUAUGAGACUGUACGGGAGCUUCGUGCUGGCAAACACAAACUCAUGGACAAGCAUGAGUUCCAAGAGAUCGGGGGAAAGACCGGGCUGAUCCAGAUCUACCAGCCGGGUCCAAGGGAUCUGUCCAAAUACGCCAAGCGGCCCAGCCAGCGGUGGAUCGUGAACGCCAUUUUCCAGGAGCUGAACCUCGACACGGGAGAGGUUCUGUUCGAGUGGUCAAGCCUUGACCAUGUCUCGCCAGAAGAAAGCGUCCUACCAAUCGACUCUGGUAUCGGCCAGGCAGGACCAGGCUACAACAGCUCUGAUGCAUGGGACUACUUUCACAUCAACAGCGUUGACAAGGAUAGUGCAGGCAACUAUCUCAUCUCAGCACGAGAUGCUUACAGCAUCCACAAGAUCAACGGCACAGACGGCAGCAUCAUCUGGCGUCUUGAUGGCAAGCGUAGCGACUUCCAGCUUGGCGAAGGCGUGAAGUUCUGCUUCCAGCAUCAUGCUCGCUUCUUGGAACAAGAUGGUGAUGUCGAGAUCAUCAGCCUGUACGACAACUCUGCGCACGGUACGGAAUCCGGUAAAGGGAAAGAAGUCCGCACGGCCAAGACCAGUAGUGGGAAGAUCUUAAAGCUGAACACCACCAGCUGGACAGCAGAGCUAGUGCACGGAUACUAUCCUCCAGACGGCCUAUUGUCGAAAUCGCAGGGCUCGACACAAGUAUUGCCUAACACGAACGUCCUCGUCAACUGGGGAUCCGAAGGCGCAGUGACCGAGUUCCUCCCCGACGGCACAGCCAUCUUCCACGCAUACAUGGACUCUGGCGCGCUCGGCGAAGGAGUCCAGAACUACCGCGCAUAUCGUUAUAGAUGGACAGGUCUUCCGAACGAGGAGCCUGCCAUCGCCUCCUUUUAUGACUCGAGCGGGACGAGCAUUUAUAUAAGCUGGAACGGCGACACGGAGACCAAGAGUUGGCGUUUCCUUGAGUUGGCGGAUGAUGGCGAGGAAGAUGUUGUGCUGGGUGAGGUCGAAAGGACGAGCUUUGAGACUGUCCUUCGGAUCAAUGAUGGAGGAUAUCGUACGGUUGGUAAGGUAUGGGCGGUCGCGAUCGAUGAGUCGGGGAAGGUGCUUCGUGGGACGGACGUUGUGCAGUCGCUACAGAAUGUUGAACCCGUCAGUCACGACGAGGAAACCGCUGGUAGGUAUUGCCUCAGUUUCUCAGACACGCUGCGAGAAUUGAUUGUGGGGCGGUACUGUCUAAUUAGACGGCGGUUAGCUUAA